AUGGUUCUAGCACCGCACCCCAACCCAGACAGCCCAGUGCUGUCUCAUUUUAACCUUGAUGGCAAGACAGCUCUAGUCACCGGUGGUUCAAGAGGUAUUGGCCUCGAGGUCGUCCGUGGCCUUGUCGAGGCCGGUGCAAAGGUUGCCUUUACUUACUCCAGCACACCCCCAGCGGAAGCCGAGAAGCUCGCUGCCGACAUCUCGGCAGCAAACAAUAGCCGCUCCGUGGUAGCCUACAAGGUCAACGUGCGGUCGAGGACUGAGAUUGAGGCUGCCGUGGAACAGACUGCCAAGGAGCUGGGCGGCGGCCACCUGGAUAUUGUGGUCGCCAAUGCAGGAAUUGCCGACCAUAUCCCUGCCACUGAGUACCCAGAGGACAAGUUCCGCGAGAUGUUCGAUGUCAAUGUCAAUGGGGCCUUUUGGACGGCUCAGGCGGCGGCUCGGGUAUUCGAGAGACAGUGGAAGCAGGGCGGCGAAGACACGCCGCACCGAGGCUCCGUUAUUUUCACGGCGUCCGUUUCAGCGACGCUGGUCAAUGUCCCCCAGAAGCAGGCGGCUUAUAAUGCCAGCAAAGCUGCGCUUGUGCACCUCUCCAAGUCGCUCUCAGUUGAAUGGGUUGACUUUGCCAGAGUCAACAGUGUUUCUCCGGGAUUCAUUGAUACUGACAUGCUUUCCGUGCAUCCAGAGGAGUGGAGGCGGCAGUGGUUCCAGAUGAUUCCAGGCAGAAGACUGUGCAAGGCUGCUGAGCUCAAGGGCUCAUAUGUAUACCUUGCAAGUGAUGCCAGCAGUUAUAUGACCGGGGCCGAUCUGAUAAUCGAUGGCGGAUAUACUCUCCCCUAA